ACAAGCCAGAUAAUGGAUUUGUUGGUGCAACAAUCUGGGUCUUUCGCGAAUGUGGGCUUUAUUCACAAGGAUUUGCACAAUUAUAUUCAAGCCGAGCGCAAAGUAGAAAUGAAGGAUGGUGAUGCGGAGUGUGCUUUGGCUUACUUAUGUGCAAAAGCUGAUGCUGACCCUUACUUCUUUUACAAGUAUGACAAGGAUCAAGAGAAUCGGCUUGACAAAUUGUUUUGGGCAGAUUCAAGGUCUCGCCUAGACUAUGCUGCAUUUGGUGACGUGUUGGUCUUCGAUACAACUUAUAAAACGAAUGCAUAUAACAAACCUUUUGUUAUUUUCGCCGGGGUCAAUAACCAUUUUGAAACCACCAUAUUUGCAUACAGCUUGUUUGUUGAUGAGACAAUUGCAAUAUACACAUGGGUUUUGCAGAAGUUGUUAGAGGCCAUGGAUAACAAAAGACCGGUGUCAGUGUUGACAGAUGGGGAUAUGGCCAUGCGUGAGGCAAUACAAAAAGUCUUCCCGAGUGCCAAGCAUCGUCUAUGUAAUUGGCAUAUGCACAGAAAUGCCAAGCGAAAUGUUCGAGUUGAUGGAUUCGAGGGACAUUUCAAGCAUCUCAUGGAUCUUGAUGCGAAUGAGGUUGUAUUUGAGGAAGCUUGGAGUAAGAUGGUUAGAAAAUAUGGCCUUCAAAAUAACAAGUGGGUAUCAGACACCUACAACAACAAAGGCAUGUGGGCUCAGUCAUAUUUGCGUGGUCAUUUUUUUGCUGGAAUGAAGAGCAGUCAGCGUUGUGAGGGUAUGCAUGCUUUUUUCAAUGAGCACCUCAAACGAAAACUGAAACUAUUCGAAUUUGUUAGAUGUUUUGACAUGGCCCUUUAUCGGUUACGGAACAAAGAAGCGGAUGCCGAGGCAAAAACUGACAACAGUGAUCCUUGUCUUACCACAGCACUUCAGCCUCUAGAGAAACAUGCAGCAACCAUCUUUACCAGACGUUUGUUCUUAAUGUUCCGUAAUGAAAUAAUUGAGGAAGCAUUGUUGAUUUUUGAUGGAAGGAAAGAGGAGUUCGAUCAUCGCAUAUACAAAUUUUCAAAGUACACUGAAUUUGGUUCCACAUGGGAAGUGUCAUACCAUCCCGCAACUAGCAUAAUGAAAUGUAG